AUGGCGCAUACUUCCCCAGAUAUGUCUCUGUUGGGGAUGCUAGAUGACAUCCGUCAAGCCCAGGCCCAACUUGCAGCCUCGGUCGAGUCUUUUGAAGAAAAAUGGGAGCAAGCUGCUCGGGAUACUCGUUUCUUAGAGAGGCCCUGUGGUCGUGUCAAGAGCGACAUCCACGAUUCGAAGACGAAAUGCCGCAUGAUUCUCCUGAACGAGGCUGACACUACAACACUUAUGAUCAUGGCCUUAGCUCACGGCGGUUCGUACUCCAUCUACCAUGCUUUAGCCGUAGCGAGCAAACAACUCGACGUCAAUCAUCGGUCAGUGUCCUCAGUCCCAGCUGCCCACAUGUCUAACCAUGAUACUAGACCGGACUUCACGAAUACGGAGCCUGCCGUGACCAUUGGGCCGUUCUCGCAGUGGAACGAUGUUAAGAAGAUCGUGGCAAUGGACCCCUGGGGCCAUAUGGCGCCAUGGCUUUUCAAGAAUCUCAUCAAAAAUGAGGAUAAACUCGAAGAGAGCGUAAAGUCGGGACGUUUGUUUGGUACUUGCCAGGCGUGGCGGAACGGUUCGAAUCGUACCGUAUGUUUUCCCAACAUCAGGCUGCCCGCCUACCUUAAUCGCCAUACUGUGGUCUACAACGCUCGCAAGAGGGGCGAGGAUAAGGCGUCCGAUUAUUUCCGGCGCACGGAGAACAUCGCUGGGGUGAAGGACAUGCGAUUCCAGGCUUUGAUGCCUGAUAUUUUGCAUUGGCUUGGGAUCAAAAAGAUCGACAGAAUGCUAAGCAUGAGCAAGAUUCCCAUCCAUGAGCGAGUGGAGCUUCCCGAGGAUAGGAUUCCCGAGGAUUCUCGGGUUGAGAUCGAUGCCAAGAUAACCGCUGGACUGAGGAACAAACGACUCUCCAAGGGCAAGAAGGGCUUGAAGAAGAAGACUCAGGAUCCCUUCUCCCGCAAGGACUGGUACUCUAUCAAGGCUCCUUCGCCCUUUAACAUCCGAGAUGUGGGAAAGACAUUGGUGAACCGGACUACCGAUGAGGACCACUCGUUCCGCAAGAUCCGCCUUCGGGUAGACGAAAUCCAAGGCAAGAAUUGCCUGACAAACUUCCACGGCCUUGAUUUCACCACCGAUAAACUCCGGUCUCUCGUCCGCAAGUGGCAAACCCUCAUCGAAGCAAACAUCACCGUCAAGACUACCGAUGAUUACCUGCUUCGACUUUUUGCCAUCGCAUUCACUAAGCGCCGCCCGAACCAAGUGAAGAAGACCACAUACGCUGCCUCUUCCCAAAUCCGUGCCAUCCGUCGAAAGAUGAUGGAGAUUAUGCAGCGCGAGGCGUCGAGCUGCACGCUCACCCAGCUCACCGCCAAGCUUAUCCCCGAAGUGAUCGGCCGCGAAAUCGAGAAGGCGACCCAGGGUAUUUACCCUCUUCAGAACGUCCAUAUCCGGAAGGUCAAGCUUCUGAAACAGCCCAAAUUCGACCUUGGCUCGUUGAUGGCUCUGCAUGGCGAGUCUGGGACGGACGAAAAGGGCCAGCGGGUUGACCGAGAAUUCCAAGAGCGUGUCUUGGAGGAGGUAUGA